UUUGGGCGGAUAAAACUUAACGUCUUCCGAAAGUUUUCGUUCGGCAAACGUGAAUCGCGUUUUAGCCAUGCAGAUGUGAUUUCAAAGGUUUGUGAUGUCACGUGUGUUAAAGUCUUUAUUUUAUUUGGUGCUCACUGGAGGAACAGGCUACACACUAUUCAAGAUAUGUACUCCAAGUAGUAAGGAAAUGAGAGAGGUUAACUAUUUUGAAGAUUUUUAAUACAUGUUUGUCUUAUAAUAAUUAAUUAAAAAAUUUCCUGAGGCAAAUGUAGUUUAUUAUGAUGCAGCAAAGUCUAGAUCUAAAGAUUAUAUGUCAGUUUUGAAAAAAGCAGCCGAAAGUGAUAAACCACUUUAUAGAGAAAACGAUCUAAAAAAGUUCAUAAGUGAUAUUCAAAAAGAAAAAUAAUAUAUUUUUGUUAUGGAAUCAUCAGAUUUAAAUAUAUAUGAAAUGAGGAAAGAACAGAUUGCAGAAAGACUUCAAAAACGAGAAGAAGCUAGAUUGGCCGAAUUAGAAAGAAAGAAAGCUAAUGAAGAGAAAGUGAUUCAAGAACAGACUGCUUAUUUUAGUAAUGCAUUUGCAAAAGCUAAACAAGAUAUAGAAGAAAAAUUAUCUGAAGUAGGAACAGUAGAAAAGUGUACUUUAAGAAGUUAUUUUGAUAGUAUUGCUAAGGAUUUUCAAAUUCUACAAAAGUUUGUGGCAGAUUCGACUUUUUUUCUUCCUUCUUACGAUAUCAGGAUUGCUCAUGAAAAUCUGAAAUCAUUACAAGAAGUCAUCCAAAUUGCACAAGAUAAAUAUUUACCCAAAAAAAAGUUUGCUUUUAAAUCAAAGAAAAAAUAUUUGGAUAAAGAAAAAGAUUGUACUGAUUGUGCUAAAUCAAAAAAAGAAUUGGCAGCAGUCAACGUAGAUACAUGUCUCUAUGGAUUUAGGGAUCUAAUUAAUGAAAAAGUGACAAAAGAACCUGAAGAAAUAAAUGGAAAAGAUAUUGAACUCUAUCACUUAGAAAAUUGCAUGGUCAAAAUAUUUGGAUUGCCUAACACAGUACAUAUUAAUGGAAUAGUAAACUGCACCAUUCUGAUGGGACCUGUGUCAACAUCUGUUUUUAUAGAAAAUUGCACAGAUUGCACCUUUGUUAUGGCUUGUCAGCAAGCUCGAAUUCAUUCUACAAUUAAUUCCCACUUUUACGUACAUGUAACAACAAGAGCCAUUAUUGAGGAUUGUAAAAAUUUGAAAUUUGCUCCAUACAACUGGCACUAUCCAAAUAUAGAACAACAUUUUGAUUUAGCAGGCUUGGAUCAGGAUUUAAAUAAUUGGAAUAACAUAGAUGACUUUAAUUGGCUUGUUGCUGGUUUAUCUUCACCUAAUUGGUCAGAAUUACCAGAAGAUGAAAGAGUAGUUUGGAAAUAAAAAUUUGUAAAAAAUAUUUUCGCAUUAUAUUU